UCCUCACUCUUUUACAACUUCUGUGGCUUUGUAGUUCCAUAAUUACUGCCCUGAUGGCACCCUGCCCCAAAAAUGAAUACUUUGAUCAUUUGCUGCUCUCUUGUACGCCUUGUCAUCUCCGAUGUUCCAGUUCGCCACCGCCUUCGUGUGAGAACUCCUGUGAGCAGCGUACCGAUUCGAGUGGAAUUCUUUGGAUUUGUUUGGGCUUGGGAGUAAUUUUAAUGCUCACUCUGUUCACCUUAGUGGUCUUGUUCAAAAGGAAGCGCCUCAAGCAAUUAAAAGAAAAACUGGAAAACACAGACUCCUCUGUGGAGCUGAAUAAUAUUCUCAAGGCUAAUACUGACAGCAGUGUGAAUACAGAAGAAAUUAGACACACACUUCAAAGUGAAACAUUAAUGUAUUCAGUGGAAGAAUGCACUUGCAGUGACUGUGGCUUGGUGAAACCUCAGAUUGGCUGUGAAACUUCAUUUCCAUUACCAGCUACUGAAGAGCGAGCGACUGUUCUAGUUACCACAAAAUCUUUCGAUUAUUGCAACUAUGUUCUGGGUGUUGGAUGACUAUGAGAGUAGUAUAUUUUUACUGUGUAAUAAUAGAUGAGUUAUUCCAGUACAGUGAUUAAUCUUAAUACUUGCAGUCAGUGGAGGAGGUAGUACAUUGUCCUUAUAGAUCUUCCACUGAGCUUUCAUUAAUGUUGUCAUAUUGUUUCUAAUGCUAGUGUUUCUCUAGUCAAGUAUUUCUACAAA